GAAUUUAAAAAAAAAAUCCAAUGAUUAUGCCAUAGGCAAUUUUAAACUGAAAUUUCAAAACGAACCAAUGACGUUUUUUUUUCAUUGAACCACUGUUCCGGAAGCGCUCUCUUGACCUAUCUGGGACUUUCCGUUCUUUUGUGUUCCCUUCUCCCAACCAAACGUGCUCCUUGAAAGUAUUCUCAUCGGAUGCGACCAAAUACUACUGACCGAAGCCCAACGCAAUCAAAACAUCAAGCGUAGAGACGUGAAACACGAGGAGAGGAAAUCCAGGCCUCAGCGAGCAACUGGAAAACAAAAGAAAAUGAAGUGUCCAGCAGACGUCACUAUUAAAGAGCUUCACCCUCAGAAGCACGAUCCCCUCCACGUUAAACAGGAGGAGUCUGAGAUGCCUAACAUCAAACAGGAGGAGGAGCCAGAGACCCACAGCAUUAAAGAAGAAGUGGAAGAUGAAAUCCCCAAGUUUCCAAUGACUGUCGGUGUGAAGAGUGAAGACGACGAAGGUCCAAGCAAAGAGAGCGGAGCAGCGAAACCUUCGAGUGACAGCUCAUUUCAACACCUGACAACAAAAGGAGAGGGACGAUCGCAACCUGACGACAUCACAGUGGAAGACCUUCACCCGGAGAAGCACGGUCCCCCACACGUUGGACAGGAGGAGUCAGAGAUGCUGUGCGUCCAACAGGAGGCGGAGCCAGAGACCCCUAACAUUAAAGAAGAACAUGAAGGUGAAAUCCCCAAGUUUCCAAUGACUGUUAGUGUGAAGAGUGAAGAAGAUGAAGGUCCAAGCGAAGUGAGCACAGCAGCAAAACUAGCGAGCAAUAGCUUGUUUCAAUACCUGACAACAAAAAGUGAGGGACGCUCGCAACCGGACGACCUCCUCGCGCCACUGUCGGACAGCAACGAUUUAACAUCACACUCUUCUGACUUUAACACCGAUGAGGAGGAUGUUGACUUUGAGCAAAAUGCUUCGAAAUCCUUAAACAAGUCAUCACGGAAAACGGACGCAAAAGAAUGCGUGGACGUCACAGUGGAAGACCUUCACCCGGAGAAGCACGAUCCCUCUUACGUUAAACAGCAGGAGCCGGAGAUGCUGUACAUCUAUGAGGAGGCGGAGCCACAGACCCCCAGCAUUAAAGAAGAACAAGAAGAUGAAAUCCCCAAGUUUCCAAGGACUGUUAGUGUGAAGAGUGAAGAAGAUGAAGGGCCAAGCGAAGCGAGCCAAGCAGUGAAACUAGCGAGCUGUAACUUGUUUCAAGACCUGACAACAAAAGACGUCACAGUGGAAGAUCUUCACCCGAAGAAGCACGAUCACCCCUACGUUAAACAGCAGGAGUCGGAGAUGCCGUACAUCAAACAGGAGGCGGAGCCAGAGACCCCCAGCAUUAUAGACAAACAGGAAGAUGAAAUCCCCAAGUUUCCAAUGACUGUCGGUGUAAACAGCAAAGAAGAUGAAGGUCCAAGCGAAGCGAGCCAAGCAGUGAAACUAUCGAGCUGUAACUUGUUUCAAGACCUGACAACAAAAGGUGAGGGACGAUCGCAACCGGAUGACCUCUUAUCGCCACUGUCGGACAGCGACGACGUAACAUCACACUCUUCUGACUUUAACACCGAUGAGGAGGAUGUUGACAUUGAUGCUUCGAAAACCUUAAAGAAGGCAUCACGGAAAAGACACACAAAAGAAUGCUUGGACGUCACAAUGGAAGACCUUCAUCCGGAGGAGAAGCACGAUCCCCCCUACUUUAUACAACAGGAGUCGGAGAUGCCGUGCAUCAAACAGAAGGCGGCGCCAGAGAGCCCCGGCAUUAAAGAAGAACAGGAAGAUGAAAUCCCUAAGUUUCCAAUGACUGUCGGUGUAAAUAGCGAAGAAGAUGAAGGUCCAAGCAAAGAGAGCCGAGCAGCGAAACUAGCGACGAGUAGCUUCUUUCAACACCUGACAACAAAAGGUGAGGGACGAUCGCCACCGGACGACCUCUUAUGGCCACUGUCGGACAGCGACGACGUAACAUCACACUCUUCUGACUUUAACACCGACGAGGAGGAUGUUGACUUCGAUGCUUCAAAAUCCUUAAACGAGUCAUCACUGACAAGAGACACAAAAGAAUGCGCGGACGUCACAAUGGAAGACACCCACCCGGUGAAGCCCGAUCCCCCCCACUUUGAACAGGGGGAGUCGGAGAUGCCGUACAUCGAACAGGAGGCGGAGCAGGAGAUCCCCAGCAUUAAAGAAGAACAGGAAGGUGAAAUCCCCAAGUGUUCAAUGACUGUUAGUGUGAAGAGUGAAGAAGGUGAAGGUCCAAGCGAAGAGAGAAGGGCAGCGAAACUAGCGAGCAGUAGCCUCUUUCAAUACCUGAAUACAAAAGACAUCACAGUGGAAGACUUUCACCGGGAGAAGCACGAUCCCCCCCACGUUAGACAGGAGGAGUCGGAGAUGCUGUGCGUCAAACAGGAGGCGGAGCCAGAAUCCCCUAACAUGAAAGAAGAACAUGAAGACAUCACAGUGGAAGAACUUCACCUAGAGAAGCACGAUCCCCCCCACGUUAUGCAGAAGGAGUCGGAGAUGUCGUGCGUCAAACAGGAGGCGGAGCCAGAGUCCCCUAACAUGAAAGAACAUGAAGAUGGAAUCCCCAAGUUUUCAAUGACUGUUAGUGUGAAGAGUGAAGAAGAUGAAGGUCCAAGCAAAGUGAGCACAGCAGCAAAACUAGCGAGCAGUAGCUUGUUUCAAUACCUGCCAACAAAAGGUGAGGGACGAUCGCAACCGGACGCCCUCUUGGCAACACUCUCGGACAGCGAUGACGUAACAUCACACACUUCUGACUUUAGCACCGACGAGGAGGAUGUUGACUUUGAUGCUUCGAAAUCCUCAAAGAGGUCGUCAUUGAAAAGAGAGACAAAAGAAUGCCCGGGGGGGAAACCUAUUUCCUGCUCACAUUGCGAUAAAACAUUCACUACCAAGAAAAAAUUAAUCAGACACACGCAUACACACAGCGAAGAAAAGCCUUUUCUCUGCACAUUUUGUGGUAAAAGAUUCACCCAGAAGGGAAAUCUAAAUAGACACACCAAAAUACACACUGGAGAAAAGCCUUUCAUCUGCUCUGUUUGCGAUAAAGGAUUUUGUGGUAAGCAAGACUUGAUAAGACACACGAGUACACACACUGGAGUAAAGCCUUUUGGCUGCACAUUAUGUGGUAAAAGAUUCCGCGAUAAAAGAGAUUUAAGCAAUCAUACAAUAACACACACUGGGGAGAAGCCUUUCGUCUGCUCUCCUUGCGAUAAAAGAUUUCUUUCGAAGCGAGCGUUGACAAAACACACAAGAACACACAAUGGAGAAAAUCCCUUUGUCUGCACAUUUUGUGGUACAGGUUUCACCCAGAAGGGAAAUUUAAAGGUACACACAAGAAAACACACUGGAGAAAAGCCUUUCGUCUGCUCUCUUUGCGAUGAAAGAUUUUUUACCAAGAAUGAGUUAACAAGACACACGAGUAUACACACUGGAGAAAAGCCUUUAGUCUGCUCUGUUUGCGAUAAAAGAUUUUUUACCAAGAAUGAGUUAACAAGACACGCGAAUAUACACACUGGAGAAAAGCCUUUUGCCUGCAAAUUAUGUGAUAAAAGAUUCGCCCAAAACAAUGGAUUAAUCCAACACAUACAAACACACAGCGAGGAGCAGCCUUUUGCCUGCACACUUUGCGAUAAAAGAUAUUUUACAAAGCAAGGGUUAAAAGUACACACAAAUACACACACUGGAGAAAAGCCUUUCGUCUGCACACUUUGUGGUAAAAGAUUCACCCAGAAGGCAAGUUUAAAAGCACACACAAGAAUACACACUGGAGAGAAGCCUUUCGUCUGCUCUCUUUGCGAUAAAAGAUUUUUUACAAAGCAAGAGUUGACAAGCCAUACGUAUAUACACACCAAGUAAAAGCCAGAAUCAAACGAUUACGCAAUCAAUAAUGGAUUUAUAAUCGAAUCGUAUUCUCUGAAAUCGUAAUCGAAUCAAUAGAUUCCCACCUCUACCAAGUGCUUCACAACCUUUCACUUAGUAAACCAAUUUCUCCUCCCAUUUGAUAGAGGGCUAGUGGUUGAAAGAAAUGGAAUAAAGCCUGUAAAUUGAGGGCAAACCAGCACAAAAUGUUAGCUAAAACGCCACUUUGCCUAGAUUUAGUCAGCGUACAAAAUAGGGCUCUGCAUUUCUUUACCUUUACCGAACCCCGAAGGCAGGAGUCGGCAACCCAAAAUGUUGAAAGAGCCAUAUUGAAGCAAAAAAACAAAAAUAUUUAUGGAGCUGCAAAAAAAUUAAAAGCCUUAUAUUAGCCUUACUUGAUCAACAGGCGGAUCGGUGCAGUGUCUGCAGUGAUGCGGACUCCGCACCGGACCAUUGUGGUGAAGAGGGAGCUGAGCCAAAAGGCAAAGCUCUUGAUUUACCAGUUGAACUUCAUUCCUACCCUCACCUAUGGUCAUGAGUAGGGAUGGGAAUUGAUACGAUUUUUACGAUUCCGAUUCCAUUAUCCAUAUUGCUUAACGAUUCGAUUCUCUUAUUGAUUCUAAUUUGGGGAAAAAGAAGAAAAAACAUUUGAUUGACAUAGAGUUGGUUUAAUCAGAAGUCACAACCUUACAAACUCACAACGAGGUCAAAAGAGGCCCAAAGCCUCAAUGUUAACUGUGGCAAUAAGUGGCAAAUCCACAAGAAUGUGUAACAUUUUACUGAAACAUUUUUCUAAUAGAAAUAAAAAAUAGUGGUAUGCAUUGGCUAGGGCUGUCAAACGAUUAAAAUUUUUAAUCGAGUUAAUUACAGCUUAGAAAUUAAUUGAUCGUAAUUAAUCGCAAUUCAAACCAUCUAUAAAAUAUGCCAUAUUUUUCUGUAAAUUAUUGUUGGAAUGGAAAGAUAAGACACAAGAUGGAUAUAUACAUUCAACAUGCGGUACAUAAGGACUGUAUUUGUUUAUUAUAACAAUAAAUCAACAAGAUGGCAUUAACAUUAUUAACAUUCUGUUAAAGCGAUCCAUGGAUAGAAAGACUUGUAGUUCUUAAAAGAUAAAUGUUAGUACAAGUUAUAGAAAUGUUAUAUUAAAACCCCUCUUAAUGUUUUUUUUGGAUAAAAUUUGUAAAAUUUUCAAUCAAAAAAUAAACUAGUAGUCCGCCAUUGUCGAUGACAAUAAUUACUUACACAAUGCUCAUGGGUGCUGAAGCCUUUAAAAUCAGUCGCAUCCAAGCGCCAGCAGAGGGCGGCAAAACUCCAUAAAACACAAUUAACAAGUGGGCAUUUCACUGUUCUGUCAUUUAAAUCUCUCUGAGCGGGGCAUGUGCGUUAAUUGCGUCAAAUAUUUUAACGUGAUUAAUUUUAAAAAUUAAUUACCGCCCGUUAACGCGAUAAUUUUGACAGCCCUAAUAUUGGCAUAUAGGUCGUUGUUCUGCCUUUGGCAAUAUGCGUUAAAGCAGGGGUCCCCAAAUGUUUUCCUGUGAGGGCCACAUAACUUUUCCCUUCUCUGUUGUAACAGAAAAAGUGACGAUUGCAGGAGUGCCUAAAUGUAAAAAAUUAUUGAUUUUCAGAGAGCCACAAUCAAAUGACCCUUUCUGGAUUCUUCACGGAACAAAAGUAAAUAAAAUAAAAAUUAUAAUAUAGUAUAAUAUAAUAAGUAAUAAUAAUAAUAACACUAUCAAUUAAAUAGAUAAUAACCAAAUAACCCUCUCUGAGUUCUUCACCGAAAAAGGCCAGUAAAUAUAUAACAGUAUUGAGAAAAAAAAUAAAAAUAAAAAAGAAUUCAAAAUGCUCUCUGGUAUUGUUCAGGGGGCUGUAUCAGACCCGCGGGCCGUAGUUUGGGGACCCCUGUGUUAAAGUGUAUUAUUUACCAUUAUAUUGAAAUCCAUGCCUUUUAGUUUUUAUGGCGCUUUCACGCUGAAGUGGGAGCACGCUUACGCUUCCUCACGUGAAGAAGAGCGCGCUUACACGAGAAGAAGUGCCGCAUCCAAGCGAGUGAGCGAGUUAGUGAGAGAGGGCAAACACUGCUACGAGCCUACGUUCUUUUUUAAUGUUUGUAGAAUAUCUACAGAGGCAACGCCUGUAUGUAUCAUCUUUUGUGUUGUUGUUGUGUGUUUCCACUCGCGAUCGGACACUUAUAUCCAGUUGUGUAGUGGUUUGAACGUUGUGCAAAUGCUAGCGAACGCAUGCUAACAGUUUGUGUUAUUAAUGUAUUGGCAGAUAAUCAACGCUGAUUUACGUUGAUACAAAUUUGUUUUUUAUCGGGGACGAAAUUUAUUUCAUUUCUAUUUUUAGUUUCACUCUUCAAAUGAUGGUUGAAUAAAGUCAGCAAAUUAUACCAACGUCUUCUGUAUCGUCUUUUGGGAGUUUAGCUACCUGUAGAGCCAGGACUAAGCCUUAGCCUCUUGGUGAUGACAUUGCAGUCGUAUUCCUUCCCGAUGCAGUUAUCUCCACCUUGCAAUGACUGCAAGUCGCUUUGUUGUAAUUUUUUUCUUGUGAAGUGAAGACACACUUUCGAGCGUUUGAACCAACGUGCUGUCAUUGUUAUGUUUACGGCUGCAAGAUUCUUGCUAAACCAUCGCAACCUUUCAUUUUCACCCUCUUUCCUGGUGAAGUGUAGCCAAACUAGCGCCAUGCUAGUUUGAUGCGUCUGGACAACAAGACACGUCAAGAGGCAAUAUGUGUCUUGAGCAAUCGUUAAAGGGAUUGUUAAGGCUUUUUCAUUGUGAUGUCGAGGCCUUGAAACACUAAGAACCGGUUCGGAAUUUGAAUCGGAUUUCGAUUCCCAUCCCUAUUCAUGAGUUGUGUGACCAUUGAAAGAACAAAGUCCCGAAUACAAACUGCCGAAAGGAGUUUUCUCCGCAGGGUGG